CAGUGAAAGGUCCUCAUAUUUCAGCUAUGUGUGGACGGAGCCGGGCGGCCUCGCUGCAUCUGUGGGCAUGCUUGCUCGUCACCAGCAGCGUAAUGAGCGGGAAAAGUUCGGGGCAGAACGGCAUGACAGAUGAGCAGAAAGAUAACACAACAGUGUUCACCAAGAUCUUAGACAGCCUUCUGGAUGGCUAUGACAAUCGCCUCAGGCCAGGACUGGGAGAGCGUGUAACUGAAGUCAAGACUGACAUUUUUGUGACUAGCAUCGGACCCGUUUCGGACCAUGACAUGGAGUACACCAUUGAUGUGUUCUUUAGACAAAGUUGGAAGGAUGAAAGACUAAAGUUCAAAGGCCCAAUGGCUGUGCUGCGUCUCAACAACCUGAUGGCCAGCAAGAUCUGGACCCCUGACACGUUCUUCCACAAUGGCAAGAAAUCAGUGGCUCACAACAUGACUAUGCCAAAUAAGCUGCUGCGGAUUAAAGAGGAAGGCACGCUGCUUUAUACCAUGAGGCUCACAGUUAGAGCGGAAUGUCCCAUGCAUCUAGAAGAUUUUCCCAUGGAUGCUCAUGCCUGUCCACUGAAGUUUGGCAGCUAUGCCUAUACUAGAGCAGAGGUGGUGUACGUGUGGACCAGCGGGGCUGCUCACUCUGUGGUGGUGGCUGAGGACGGCUCCAGGUUAAACCAGUAUGAUCUGAUGGGACAGAGUGUGGAUUCUGGUGUGGUGCAGUCCAGCACAGGCGAGUAUGUUGUAAUGACAACCCACUUCCACUUGAAGAGGAAAAUUGGUUACUUUGUGAUCCAGACGUAUCUGCCCUGCAUCAUGACAGUCAUCCUCUCCCAAGUGUCUUUCUGGCUCAACAGAGAGUCCGUCCCUGCCAGAACUGUCUUUGGAGUGACCACUGUCCUGACCAUGACUACUCUGAGUAUCAGUGCCAGGAACUCUCUCCCUAAAGUGGCCUAUGCCACAGCUAUGGACUGGUUCAUCGCUGUCUGCUACGCCUUUGUCUUCUCGGCCCUCAUUGAGUUUGCAACAGUGAACUACUUCACUAAGAGGGGCUACGCCUGGGAUGGAAAAAGUGUUGUGCCUGAGAAGCAAAAGAAGAAGAAGGAGUCUCUCCUCAAGAAGAACAACACUACAGCCUACCCAACUGCCACUGCUACACCCUUCGCCCCCAAUCCUGCUCGGAACCCCGGAUUGGCCACAAUCGCAAAAAGUGCCCCUCCACCCCCAGAUGAGCCCAAGGAAGAGCCAAAACCCAAACCCCCAGAGGCCAAGAAGACCUUUAACAGCGUGAGCAAGAUUGACAGGAUUGCCAGAAUAGCCUUCCCUCUGCUCUUUGGAACCUUUAACUUGGUCUACUGGGCAACCUACUUGAAUAAGAAGCCCAAAUUGCAAGGGGUGAAUCACACCUAAUCCAUUUUUCAUCUCUUUUCAAUUUGACCUUAUUUCAUUUUCUUUUGAAUUAUUUUACAAAGGGAAAAAAAAAAAGGUAUUUUGAGAUAAACAUUGUGUCCAUUUUGGUUUGAAUACUUAGUUAAUCAUUGCUUCUAUGGUAAUCUAAAUUUUGAGGAUUUGGAAAAAAAGAAAAAGAAAAAAAAAAAAAAAACAA